UUCUCUUCUUUUUUUUCAUCUUCCUCGUCUAAAACAUUUGAGAUUUUAUGUGCAAUGUAUUAAAUUUGAGAAUUCAUUUUAUCGCACUUUUCUUUUUUCGCUUUUGUACUCUCAUUUUCAUCUACUAAUCACUAUCGUAAUCCCAGUCAUACUAUCAUUGUUAAUCAUUAUUUUCCAUUAUCAUCAUCUCAACCUCAAUCGUGUCAUGAUUGUAUUUAUCAUCAUCAUAAUCGUACCAUUAUUAUUAUCAUCAUCAUUAUCAUCAUCUCAAUUUCGUCACAACUAUCAUGCCAUCGUCAUGAUUAUUAUCAUCAGCUCAUUUUCACCAUUCCAUUAUCAUCAUGAUUUCAUCAUAAUCUCAGUCUUAAUCUCACCACUAACAUUAGCUAUCACCACUCUAAUCUUAACGUUAUCAUUAACAACUUACCAUUAUUAUCUUAAUACCAUUUUCAUCAUUAUAGUUGCUAUUAUCAUAAUCUUAACGUUAUCAUCAGCAUACUAAUAUCAUUCAUUUUGCUAAUUA